UCCUCCAUAGUCACCCUGAAAGGGCGGCCGAAGCUUCGGAACCAGACCCCUUCUCAGGUGGCACAUGAGAUGAUAGCUUUGGAUGCAGUGCACUAAAUAUUACUGUGAGCUCAUUCUGAAGAACCAGACCAGCUUCAAAGCUUAAGCUUAGAAAUCUUUCUAGAGAUCAUUUCUCAAGGGUCUGGUUUCGUUUCCGAAAUACUUUUAAGCAUCCCAAACUGUCUUUUGCACCUUUAGAGAAGGAAGAGAAAUAUGGAUGAGAAGAAUGACAUGGACAAGAUUGAUGAUGUGAUGUUGCCUGGCUUUCGUUUUCAUCCCACUGAUGAGGAGCUUGUUGGGUUUUACCUCAGGAGAAAAAUUCAGCAGAGGCUUCUCCCCAUUGAGUUGAUUAAGCAAGUUGACAUUUACAAAUAUGAUCCCUGGGAUCUUCCAAAGCUGGCAAGUACUGGGGAGAAAGAAUGGUACUUCUACUGCCCAAGAGACAGGAAAUACAGGAACAGUGCUAGGCCUAAUCGAGUCACAGGAGCUGGGUUUUGGAAAGCAACUGGAACAGACAGGCCUAUUUAUUCUUCUGAAGGCUCCAAGUGCAUAGGUUUGAAGAAGUCCCUUGUGUUCUACAGAGGCAGAGCUGCUAAGGGGAUCAAAACUGACUGGAUGAUGCAUGAAUUUCGGUUACCUUCUCUCUCAGAGUCGGCACCACCACCAAAAAAGCUCUUGGAUAAAAGCCUUCCUGCAAAUGAUGCAUGGGCAAUUUGUAGGAUUUUCAAGAAGACAAACUCCAUGGCACAGAGAGCUCUUUCUCACUCCUGGGGGUCUCCAUUCCCGGAACCUACAGCAGCAUCUGGUUUACUCAAUCAAGGUGCACACUGCACUCAGUUCAGCUCAGAGAACAUGUCGUGCACAACUGACAUAGGAUCAUCCAUCCAGUUUUGGAGCAACAAUGACUUGCAACAAGCUUCUAAUGCCAGCUACUCUGCCUUUGACACUCUCCCUUAUAAACCCAUCAAUCCCACAGGAUCCAAACCCUCCAUAUUUGAUGCAGAUCAAUUUCCCAAUGGCUUCAUGUUCUCUCCAGUGGAAAUGUCAGUGCCCAUCAGCCCUGCCUUAAUUGGUGAUUUGAGUAACACAACUGGAAGCAUAGACUUUGAUGGUUCACAACAGCAACAGUUCAGCGGCUUUUCGAUCAAUUUGUCACAGAAUCAGAUGCAGGGAAACAUGGAAACAGGAGAAAAUGAAGCGGGCUUCAGGAAGAACUUAAGUAGUAGCACAAGCCAUGCUAACAAUAAUAAUAAUAAUGGCCAGUGGGGAAGCAUCAGAACAAUUGCAUUUCCCUUCAGUUUGGCUUCAGAUGAUGAUGCUUGGAAGCCUACUCUGCCAUCAGAUUCACCACCUUGUCCAAGUGACAUGUCCACUAGCUAUUCUACAAACAAAUGCUACACUUGAUUGAAUUCAUUUAUAUUCUUCUAGCUGGUAUCAAAAUCAUACUCUGUUUAGUGUGUCACUGUACAG